CGGUGUUUCGCCGGCUCUUCGACCUUGCGCAUCGCCUUGUGCAUUCUUUCUAGAAUACCGAGUUGAUGUCAGCAGAAUAACACCGCUUUCCAGCCCAAUAUGGACUAUCAUCGUGAUUCAGCCCGUUCGCCCGUCGACCGCUGGAGCGGUCGCGACGAUACGAGAAUCAAGGAGGACAGGGGAGACACCUUCUACCGCAGUGGCAGAUCUCCUGGUACCGACCGUAGCCGACGUCGAUCCCGGUCUCCCGCUGCAGUCGAUCGGUACGAGCCAAGGGCCCGGGGCCGCGACGAGUAUGCCGGCACCCGCGACCGAGACGAGCGCGGUCGCCGGUCCCCCCAUCCCAACAUCGACCGCUACGUACCGGGCCAGGAUUCCGCUCCGCACCGAAACAUGAACAACCCUCUUCCGGAUCCGCUCAAGAUGCCAUAUCAGGUAGGGUUUUCGUGGUUUGGCGAGUGGUGGAGGGCGAACGAAAAAAUCAAGGAGGAUAAGGAGCGUUUGAAGAGCGGCCGGAGCCGCGAGCCAGAGCGCCCUCGGGGUGCGCGCGAAGUCCAGGCGGAGCGGGAGAAGGAGAAAGCCAAGAUCCAAGCUGCCUACGACAAAUACAAAGAGGACCUCCAGGCCAAGAUGGCACACACCUUCGUCAAACAGCACAAGGAAGAGCAGUGGUUCAAAGAGCGCUACGUGCCCGAGGUCCGCGACCCCUUCCGCCAGCAAUUGAACGAGCAGCGGCACAGUGCGUAUGCUCGGUGGGAGCAGGACCUCUCGUCUGGCAUCUUUGACGACCUGUCCCUCGAAGGCAUCCCGAAGAGUGAGAGCAACGGAGUUGGUGGCGUGGUCGAGAAGGAAGAGGGUGAAGCAACGGCCGCAAAUGAGGUACUUGGUGUUGGUGACCUGGUCCCUACCAUGCCCGCCGACGUCAGAGACGAGAGCUUGGAUCAGCCCACUCUCCUUAUCAAAACCAUUGCGCCCUCUGUAAGCCGCCAGAACCUUGAAGCCUUCUGCAAGGAGCAUCUUGGCGAGGGAGAAGGUGGUUUCAAGUGGUUGUCCCUGAGCGACCCCAACCCCAGUAAACGGUACCACAGGAUCGGCUGGAUCAUGUUGCAUCCCGCACCCGAAGCCCCAAUCCUUGGGGACGUCGAGGAUGCCAAGGACGAGGAAGAUGGCGAGUCCAAGUCUGCCGUUCCCGUCUCAACCGCCGAGAAGGCACUCGAGGCGAUCAACGGGAAAACCGUCAAGGAUGAGCUGCGCGGUGACUUCACCUGCCAUGUUGGUGUCCAUAACCCACCCUCGCACCCUCGGAAGAAGGCGCUUUGGGAUCUCUUCUCUGCCCCAGACCGCAUCCGCAAAGACCUCCAGCUAGCCACAGAACUCGUCGCCAAGUUUGAGGCCGACGUCGGGUCUGACUUCAACGCCGCCCGCCAGAUUGAAGAGCAUGCCGAUCGCCUGCGUGACGAAGGUAAACUCCAGCCUGCGAUGCCCACGACUCCUGUUAAGAAGCCGAAGAAGGAGCGGCCUGUUCGCCUGGACGACUCCUUGGACGUGGAGCGUGAAGAGGGAGAGGAGCACGACAUUAUGGAGGAGGGAGAGGAUGACGAGGACGAGGGCAUGGUGGACGACGAGGUCGACGACAUGGACCUUCUGGUUGAAAAGAAGCGGCUGGAUCUGACCAUCGAAUAUCUUCGUCGCGUUUUCAACUUCUGCUUCUUCUGCGUCUUCGAGAGCGACUCAAUCCAUGAGCUGACUCGCAAGUGCCCGGGCGGUCACCUCCGGAGACCCCGGAGCACUCUGUCCUCGGCUGCCAAAGCCGUGGCGGAGGCGAGCGCCAAUGGGGACCCCUUCCCUGCUAAAAAGCGCAAGGAGGAGGACAUCGAAGAGGGCGAGGCGCCCGAGGAGGACCGCAAAUUCCGUGCUUCAUCCAAGGCUGAGCAACAGCUCCAGCGGGCCUAUAACUGGGUCAAGACGUUCGAGGACAAGAUCAACCAAAUCCUGCAUCCCGAGACGGCCGACCUUCGGAAGCUCGGCGGCAAGCCAGUGGAGGAUGCGGUCGGCGACGAGCUUGGCAAGUAUUGCAAGCAGGAGGACGAACACAAGUGGCGCUGCAAGGUACCCGAGUGUACCAAGCUCUUUAAGGAGGAAUAUUUCUGGCGCAAGCACGUGGAGAAACGCCACGUCGACUGGCUAGACAAGCUCAAGGAAGAGUUCGAGCUCAUCAAUGCCUAUGUCAUCGACCCGGCACACAUCGCCCCCUCGCGCACCGACGCCAACUCCAAUGGCCACUUCCCCCAGUCCAACGGCCAGCAGCCGACGGGCACCCCGCGUGGCUUCAACCUGCAGAACUACGCCGUGAACAGCAUGAUCAGCUUCCCGAACUUCCCCAUGGCCAUGUUCCCGCCCGGGAUGAUAAGCAACACCAGCGGCGCCAACCCCCUAGCCAACCCAGCCGCCUGGCAUGCGGGUGCCGGUGGAGACGAGCGUGGCGCCGGCGCUGGCCCGAUCCGUCGCGGCGGCGGCGCGCCGGGCGGCGGUGGGGGCAGGUUCCAGAACCGGUCCGGGCCGUAUGACCGCCGCGGGAACAACCCCCGCUAUGGCAGCGGCGACAGCGCCGGCCCGCUGGGUGGCGGGCGCGGCCGUCCCGGGCCGUCCAACAGGUGGGGCGACGGCGCUGGUGGUGCUGCUGUCGGGCCGCGCGAGGCCGUGCAGGGCCGCACGCUCAAGAGCUACGAGGAUUUGGAUCAGGUAUCGGGCGGUGGUGGCGGCGAGCUGAACUAUUGAGUUGCGUGGCGUGGGUUCACGGUAUGGAGGGGCUGGACUACUUAUCACAAAGUUAAUUUUGCGUGAGUCAGGGCGUGGAGGCGGGGCUGCUUCGGGUGCGGGCAAAGGGGAAGGCAGGCUUGAGAUUGCUGAUACGUGGGCGUGAUGGAGAAACAGCUAUUACCUGGGUAGCUAGUUAGUGGCGAGGAUGUGGUGCGCUUGGGGAUGCACUCGGGGCUCGGGAGCGAUUGUUUAGAUUCUGUACAAAUAGGGCCUGGCUGACUUGCGAUGUUUCCGAAAUAUGCCAAUAACUAGUUUUAUCACGUUU